AUGGCUUCCCCUCCCGACCUCGACCCCGACACAACCCGCCUGGAUCGUAAGGCGUAUCUGGUCGCAUUUCUCCCGUCCCCCAUGUUCCCUGCGCACUGGGCACUAUGGAUCCCCAGCGCCACAGACCAGCAAGCUGGCACCCUUAUCAACGUCCGUGGGGAUCCUCGGAACGGCUUUGCGCACGAAUUCGAGAGGGGCUUUCGUCCCCGGAGUUGCGAAAGCCGGCCUCUGCUGCUGGAGCUAGGCACCAUCACCGACCAUGGCGCCGUAGUCCCCGACGGGCCAACAGUCCCCAGCAUCGAUAUCGCCGCGUCAAAUGACGUGGAGCAUCUGGCCCUCUCCAUUCCUCCCCCGUCCCCAAGCUUGACGCCGGCCGGAUCAAACCCGAGGCGAGCUCGGGUUGCCAUACGAAACUGCCAGACAUGGCUCCACCAGCUCGUCGACGGCAUGAUUGAGCAUGCUUUCAUUGAUUCGGCUGCCAAGGAGAUACUCAAUUCUGCUCCCCAGCACUGA